UGUGAGAGCGCAGCGCAUUGGUGAUGGUUAGUUCCAGUGCCAGACCUUUAACGUACAUCGGGAAGAGUAGACCACGACAGACCCCUCGGAAUUGUCCCAGUGUUGAGAGCUCAUUAAACUGACGGAUUAUAAGGAUAUACGCUUAACUGAAGGAUCUUUAGGUUUUUGGGGUACUAUGCCAGAACCCAAAUGCAAUUUGGACAUUCAACCACCUGGUUCCGAAUGACACCUGCAACCAGCUUCCAUGUUUACCAAAUGCUACGCAAACAUGCUUCACAGAAAUGGAUCUUUUUGUACGUGCCGUGGACCCCGUGAGAAGGAAUCUCUGAGUUUGUAGUGCCAUCAUCCUCCUACCUCACCCUCUCCAUUCCUUUCAUGCUGGUCAUCUCUGCAGCCCCUUGAGCCAUAAUUUUGAUUGCUCCACCUGUGCGUUAGUGGUCACUGGAAUUUUAGGAGCAUAAACAGCCUAAUCUCAUCUUCACCCCCAAAGGUUGAUUGACGAUGGCAAGGCUUUCGUCUUUGACAGUGUUUUUGACUGGAGCCUGCAUUCUAACGCUGUGCAUACGAGCAGGUCAGAAUCCAGACCACAUGCUACAGGGCACUGGAGUGAGGCCUGGCUCAGACUCCAGAAGGCCUGGGGACGACUCUACUGUUGCACCAGAAGAUGCUGCCCGCUUCCUCAGCUGCCACUGCUCAGGACACUGCCCUGAUGAUGCCAAGAAUAACACUUGCAAGACAAAUGGGCAGUGCUUCGCCAUCAUUGAAGAAGAUGAAAAUGGAGAUGUGAUCCUAAGCUCAGGCUGCAUGAAAUAUGAGGGCUCUCACUUUCAGUGCAAGGAUUCACAGUUUGCACAGUCACGUCGAACUAUCGAAUGCUGCCAGUUUGACUUUUGUAAUCGAGACCUAAAGCCAGAUUUACCACCUCGAGACUUGGAACCACUAGACCCUCACUGGCUGGCCUCCCUUAUUUCAGUAACUGUGUGCGGCUGCACCCUCAUCUGUGUCACAGUCAUCUGUUAUUACAGGUAUAAGUGGCAGGCAGAGAGGCAGCGCUACCACAGAGACCUGGAGCAGGAUGAGGCCUUUAUCCCAGCUGGAGAAUCUCUAAAAGAUCUUAUCAACCAGUCUCAAGCCUCUGGCAGUGGCUCCGGGCUCCCUCUGCUGGUUCAGCGCACCAUUGCAAAGCAGAUCCAGACUGUGCGUCUUAUUGGUAAAGGACGAUAUGGAGAGGUGUGGUUGGGUCGGUGGAGGGGGGAGAAGGUAGCAGUGAAAGUUUUCUUUACUCGAGAGGAGGCCAGCUGGUUUCGAGAAACCGAGAUCUACCAAACUGUACUUAUGAGACACGAGAACAUACUAGGUUUCAUUGCUGCUGACAUAAAUGGUACAGGAGCCUCUACACAGCUCUACCUGAUCACAGACUACCAUGAAAACGGCUCUCUGUAUGACUAUUUGAGGUUCAUCACUCUGGAUACACAGACCCUGCUUAGACUGGCCUACUCUGCUGCCUGUGGCCUGUGUCACCUGCACACAGAGAUCUAUGGCACACAAGGAAAACCUGCUAUAGCUCAUAGAGACCUGAAGAGCAAGAACAUCCUUGUAAAGAAAAAUGGAACCUGCUGCAUCGCUGACCUGGGGCUUGCAGUCAAGUUCAACAGUGACACAAAUGAAGUGGACCUCCCACUGAGUACACGUAUGGGGACCAGACGCUAUAUGGCUCCAGAAGUCCUGGACGAGACUCUGAAUAAAAACCACUUCCAGGCCUACAUCAUGGCUGAUAUCUACAGCUAUGGGCUGGUUAUAUGGGAAAUGGCCAGACGCUGUGUAACUGGAGGUAUUGUUGAGGAGUAUCAGCUACCAUAUUAUGAGAUGGUUCCAUCAGACCCGUCCUACGAGGAUAUGCUAGAGGUAGUGUGUGUCAAAGGACUGCGGCCAACUGUAUCUAACAGAUGGAACAGUGAUGAGUGUCUGAGGGCCAUGUUGAAACUGAUGUCAGAAUGCUGGGCCCACAAUCCAGCAUCACGUUUGACCAUCCUACGAGUCAAAAAGACUUUAGCAAAAAUGGUAGAAUCUCAAGACAUUAAAAUCUGAGCCGUCUUUUUUACCUCCGCAUGUUUGCAAGAACACAACUGAGUGGUUUUAUUUAAUCUUUGACAUCAUUGUCCACUUCACUGAGAAGGAUGAGAGUUGGUGUUGGUGACAUCUAUCAGCUGUAAAAUAUUUUUCUCUCCUGCUCGAGCUGUUGUGGAUCACAGACCUGGUGCCUUCGCUGCUUUCUGUGAAAGCUAUAUUGUUGAAAAUUUGGAUAAUUAUUGCAACAAACAAACAAACAUGGUAGAGUGGGAUUUUUCUGGAGGAUUUACAGUUGUGCAUUUAAUUUUUUUUGGAUUCUGGGUUAAACCUCCUGCCAUUUGGAUAAAAUACUGUUUAAUUCUCAUGAAAUCUGUGUAAAACAUACUGUGAUUUAAAGUAUGACUUGUAAAUAUAUUAUAGUAAUAGAUAAACAAAGAACAGCAAAAUAAUAUACUAUCAAUAUAAUCUUGUCCAGCUUGGUACAAGUUGUAGACUUCUUAGAUGAUUGUAUGUGCAUCUAGCUACCUGAUGUGUGUGGCAUAUAAAUAUUCUAUAACACACACAC